AUGGGUCCUACGACGCCUCGGUUCUGCCUCUUUUCGCCACAAAUGACAAGUCGGACUUCAAUGCAAAUCGUUCCAGACCACAAUCAACCCCAACGCACUAGAGGGGCGAGUCCGACCCCGAUGAACCCAGUGGUGGAGAGCUGCCGCGGGGAGAGUGACUUCGCCAUUGACUCGGAAUUGGAGAGAGGAGCAAAGAGCCAGGCCAAAGCACCACCAAUAUUGGGCACUAUCAUCAUCUGCCACGCUAAACCUGUACCGGCCCACAGCGCAGUGGACAAUGAGAUUUUGGCCCCUCACAACACCUCGGGGCGAACUCUUAACUUCCUCCUCCUCAAGUCAUGCUCCAUUGCUCCGUCCCACUGCAUCACAAGCCGUUGUCUUCGAAUGCGUUUUUGGCUGGUGCCGGGAGAAAUUGGUGUCUUGAGGGUGUGGCAUUGGUUGGGCUCAUUCUGA